AACAACACCUGUGCGUUGGACUCAUUAAAGAUUGAACCAGGGAAGUCACGUGUGCUCUCAGAAAUGGCUGACAACUGCCAUGCUUAACAACACAGCUCCGAAACUUGGGAAAAAGGCAGCAAAAUGGAGUUACCUUCGGAUGAGGAGGAUGGCACUUUCACCAACAUUUCUUUGGCAGACGAUUCAGCAGAGCACCUCUCAAGGAAACGCUCUUCAGAAGUGGAAAGAGCCCAUUCUACAAUGAUGAAUGCCGACAUGGAUGCUGUUGAGGCUGAGAAUCAGGUGGAAUUAGAAGAGAAAACACGGCUUAUUAAUCAAGUUUUGGAACUGCAGCACACACUUGAAGAUCUCUCAGCACGAGUAGAUGCUGUUAAGGAAGAAAACUUGAAACUGAAAUCAGAAAACCAAGUUCUUGGACAGUAUAUAGAAAAUCUGAUGUCAGCGUCUAGUGUUUUCCAAACAACUGACACAAAAAGCAAAAGGAAGUAAGGGCUGACUCAUAGAUGAUGCUGUUGUAUUGCUGCUGUCUUUUUUUGUUUUAACUGGCAUAGGCUACAUGAGCUAAAAUACCUUAGUUUGUGGCUUACUGGAUACUUAAAGAUUAUAAACUUCGGUGAUAAACAGAAUUAAGAGCAUUAUCAUGGACAGGAGACGUAAGUUUGUGUAUUAAGAUUAAGCAAUGUGCAAAUGUAGUGUAGAUAAUUACUAAAUUUUGAUAUUUGUUUUAAAAAUGAGCAUAUCUUGUUAAAAAUCGGAUUCAGUUUGUGAGGUUAAACAAAGGUCUGUUGGCACUCUUUGAGGUCUUAGGGUAGAGUUCUUGACUAGCAAAAUAAGUUACAAUAUUGUGUUGAAGCCCUGUUUGAUAAAAAUAUUCAGUCUAAUUGCAUCACUUUUUUCACAUGAAAUAUAUUUAAUUAUUGUGUAGUACUGUUCGUAGCUCUGCAAAGCAACUUAAAACAAGAACCUAUCAACCAGUUAAGCAUUUCUGUGAAGUAAUAACAGUAUGACAUUGUUUGUAGGGCUUGCAUACAGAAAAACACUUAAGAUUUUUUGGGAAGGGGGAGGAUAAGGGAAAGAAGAACAGGGCAACUUAAUCAGGGAAAUACCAAACCGAUGCAGUAUUGGAGUGUUGUAAUAUGUCCACUUGAAACCAUUUUCGCUUUCCCCUUUCCUCGAAGAACAAUCAGGCACAGCAUCGUAACGUAUGAUCCUCCUGAGGUUUUUCAGUUGUGUGAUGAAGAGUUUUGUAAAAACCUUAGUGAUUAGCUUUUCAGAAACAGGUCAGCAAUGUUCCUCGUGCUCAUUGUGAGCAAUCUGCAGUGAGGAACUGAGAAGUCUUCUUUCCUUCCCACCUUUUACUUUCCUCCUGAAGUGCCAAAUUUGCUUCAGGCCUCAGAGCAGAUGUUUUGCUGCCCAACAGCCUGAGCUUGUGAAGUGCCUCUUGAGGCACUGCAUAAAAACAUGUAAGGCAGAAGGCUGCAGUGGAACGAAGGUGGCUUUUGCCUCUCAAAACCAUGCUGCUCUGAGCAGUGCCUGGUGCCAAGGUGCUGGUUUUACUGGCUUGGCUGUUAGCAGGUUUUGUAAGGGAGCUUAGCCCAGAUUAUGGGUCUGAGCACUUCCCAUAGAGGCAGCAUGUCCAGCAUAAUCAGUAUUAAGGGAGAGCAGAAGCUGAAAUACAAACAACAAUGUAAGUUUUGUCAGUACUUAGUUGCAUGUUUCAUCUUGCCAUACAGCAGCACUGCAGGUUUAUUUAUGGAUGUUAGCUAGAACUGAGUAUCUCUUCAGUAAUUAAGCCAUUGUACUUGACCUUUUAAAUGGAAACCACUAGUUCAGGGAUCUCUUUCAACCUAGCUGUGAACGAAUCAAUGGAAUAGUAGAAUAAAUCCCUCUCAAACCCCAAGUUUCUUGGCAGCUAAGCACUGCUGUGUCUCAAGAGUAAGUUGACAUUGUAAGGUUCCCCCUCCAAAAGGUGAGGUUUCCCAUUUCUCCCCAUUUAAAAUGGCUCUACAGUGCUCACUGGAGUGUCAGCAAAGACAAAAGACUGCCAAAAAAGCACUAAUAGUUUGCUCUCGAGGGCUGUUUACAAGUCUGGGUCAAGAAACCAAAUGAUGAAAAAUGUUUUACCCGCCAAGACACAAAUGGGUGAUAGUCUUUGUGUCAUGGGGUUCUUGUAAAUGUCUAAAAUGAUUUUUAAUCUUCUAUAGACUACUCUCUCACACUACUGGAACUCUAAAUUAAUGCUAGCAGGUAGAGUAGAUCACAUGGUUAGUCCAGAGUUUGAGCAUUAAACAAAGAACAGGCACACCAAGCACUUGACUUCUAAAGGUUGCAUCGCAUCACAGCCAUUGUAGCUUUAAAGCCACGUCACUGCCCAUCUCCAUCUGCACUGUAGGAGCUCACCUGGUAACAGAGCAUGCGCUUGUUAGACUUCAGCAACUUCCCAAGAUAAAGUAACUUUGAAAUCCUGGGUUUGUAUUGUAGAUUGGAUAGUGAUACUUUAUCCAUCAGUGUGUAUAUAGUAGUUAUUUCAUCUCUAUGCGAUUUUACAUCCCACUACUGUGGCCUUCAUUUAACUUAUGAGCAUUUUAAAGAUGUUGUAUUUCUGACUUUACACUAAAUAAAAACUUUUGAUUUGUCUUGAU